AUUCAAGUAAAAAAAUCAUGUGUAUAAAUCGCAAUAACAAAAAGAAGAAAUAAAAUAUAAGAUUGUGAGAGUGAGUGGAAUCUAAAUGGGCGUGAUGAUAGGCGGAGUUUAAGUCCCCUAUUUUUUCACCUUAGCGACAAACCGAAGAUGAGUCAAAAAAAUAAAGUUGAUCCUGAAGACUAAAUUAUGUAGAAAUUUAUAUUGUGACUAGUCCUUCCAUUCCAUUUCCCUUUACUUAGAAUUACCCCCUCUCGCUAGAUUCGAAAUGCACAUACUGUUUCAUUGCUGCACGUGCUAGUCACACCGAAACAAACUCCUGGUAGUAGGAGAGAUUCGAGGAUGCCAGUCUUUCCUCAACCACGAUACUGAAGAGAUCCUUUGACACGAUCCGAUAUUUUUUAGCUUUCGUCUAAACUUUUUACGUCGACUAUUUAUUUUUUUUUAAUCUAAUUUAAUUUAUUUUAUUGAGUGUGUGUAAGUUUUUUAAUUUAUUAACUAAGUGCAGUGAUUCAAUAAUUAUAAAUUAAUUUAUUUAUUCGGAGAUCCCAUUGAAACGGAAAUAAAUUUACAGUAAAAAGUGCUUGAAAAUGUUUGACGUUAAAAUGAAGAUGGAAAUUCAGAAUGACGAAAGAUCUUUGGACUCGAUCAGCCCUAGUAGUAUAUCAAGUGUAAAAAAGGAACUAAUAAAUAACAAUAAUAAUAAUAAUUUUAAUAGUACUGGAGAAUCAUUAGAUAAUGAGAGUAUUGACAUGAACUGUGGUGGAUGUGGUGAAAGUAUUAAUGAACGAACAGUGCUUUGUGUUGGGGGUAGAAGUUGGCAUUCUAAAUGUCUUAGAUGUUGUAUUUGUGCUCGAUCACUUAACGAUCAACAGUCAUGCUUUCUUAGAGGGAUGAAAUUUUACUGCCGGCAUGAUUAUUUGACGUUUGGAAUAAAAUGCGGCAAAUGUGACCGAAGUGUUGGAGCUGGAGAUUGGAUACGCCGUGCGAAAGAACAAGUUUAUCAUUUGGCUUGUUUCGCGUGCGACGCUUGUUCCAGGCAACUUUCCACUGGAGAACAAUUUGCGCUGUUGGAUAUGCGGCUACUCUGUAAGUCCCAUUAUCUGGACAUAGUAGAGGGAAACAAUACCUCGUCUUCGGAAGACUGUGAUUCGGAAAACGGCGGAAAAGGCAGCAAAACUAAACGAGUGAGAACGACAUUUACAGAAGAACAGCUUUCUAUUCUUCAGGCUAAUUUUCAGCUUGAUAGUAAUCCUGAUGGCCAGGAUCUUGAAAGAAUCGCUCACGUUACUGGGCUCAGUAAAAGAGUUACACAAGUUUGGUUUCAAAAUUCUAGAGCUAGGCAGAAAAAAUACAGCGGGAAAGUCAAAACACAAAUGCAUCAAUCGUCGCCAGUAUUACAUCACCACCCAAGUGAUCUUUAUUCCGGAGGCAUCAACAUAGGCACUUACUUCACCGGGUACCAGGGUAGCAGCACCAGCAGUGAGAGUCCCGACAGCCCCCUGACACCCUUGACACCGUUGACGCCGUUGACCCCAACAACGCCUACCCAUUUACAGCAAUUCUUCCACUAAGGGAUAUAAUUUACGAGUUGCCCUCUAUUUCAAUCCAUCCUAUUCUCAAUCCGAUCCCGACCACUAUUUAUCCGUAAAAAUCAGAGCUCAAGACGGUAAAUACCUCUACUUCUCUCAAUAAAUCCCCGCUGAGACUAUUUCUUGUCCGGUUCUACUUCAGCAAAAUACUUUCUAGAGCACAAUUGUUUCGGAACGCGCCAGGUAGCUUCAACUCUUUUAAAACUCAAACACACACGUCUCAAAAAUACUCUGCGGGAAAUAAAAAAAAAAUCUAAAUUCACGAAACUACUCUCGUUAAAAUAUCUUUGCCUAUUUUUCUUCUAUCAUAUAUUAUAUAUUUGUAAAUAUAUUAUUGCGUUUUUUAUAAAUUCUAUGGCAUUAUUAAUAGCUGUGGAUAAUGAUGCAUUGUGUAUUAUAUUUAUAUAUUAUUCU